AUGAUGAAUCAUUCAAAGUUCAUAAAGAUAGCCAUGCUUCUUGCUUUAGUGUUCAUGAUACAAGCAACUAAAGAAGAAUCAUUGAUCAUUGAUGAUGAAAAUCUAGAUACUGAAAACAUGGAAACCCCAACAUCAGAACCAGAUCAACAAGUCUUUCUAAGGACUAGUCGUUUUCUUGCCCAGAAACCACAAGCCACCAAAAUAACAUGUGACAAAAACCCUAGACUUUGUAGGGCAAAAGGAAGUCCAGGACCUGAUUGUUGCAAGAAGAAAUGUGUUAAUGUGAUGAGUGACAAUAUGAAUUGUGGGUUAUGUGGGAAGAAAUGUAAGUAUUCAGAAAUUUGUUGCAAAGGGAAGUGUGUCAACCCAAGAUCGGAUAAGAAGCAUUGUGGGAGUUGUGGUAACAAGUGCACGAAAGGGAAUGUAUGCAUGCAUGGGAUGUGUAGCUAUGCCACUUAA